UUGCAUUCUUAUUUUUCUGAUAGAAUGCAGUAUACUGCAUAUAAUGGCAAAUCUUCUUCUCCUUUGCUUACAAAAGCCGGUGUUCCUCAAGGUGCCGUCCUCUCUCCCUUUCUUUUUUCUUUCUUCUUACAUGACCUGCCACAUUUAAACGAAACCAAUUUUGUCAAAUAUGCUGAUGAUCUGACUGUAUCACUGCCUAUCACUUCUGAGUCUGACUGCUCCAAACUUAAUAGCUUUUUGUUGGACAUCAGCAUGUGGUCUAAGUCAAAUGGUCUUAUGUUAAAUCCUUCCAAAUGUCAGGCAGUUAACUUUACCUUCAACCAUCGACGUGACAUACAUGAACUAGUUAGUUCCCAUGAUGCCUGUAGCAUAGAUGGUACAGAAAUUGAAACCAAAUCAAGCAUUAAAUACCUUGGAUUAGUUCUUUCCUCGGACCUUUCAUGGUCAUCUCACAUUUUAUUGGUCUCUAAGAAAAUGUUUCGUCUUACCUUCUACAUUAAAAAGUUAAGACAACAAGGUAUCAGCCAACCUUUAGUUCUGCGAUUUUUAAACUCCUGUAUUUUACCCAUUUUACUUUAUUGUUCUCCAUUAAUCUUUCCUGGGCUUCUUAAAAAAGACUAUGCCGUAUUACGAAGGGUAUUAAAUGCUGUGAGUAGGGCUUGUGGUUUGCCACUGCGUGAUCUCGCCAAUACCAUAGUCGAGAGACACGUAAAUUCCUGUAAAAAUUGGGCAAAGGCCGUACUGUCAGACCCUCUGCACCCUCUUUAUUCACAAUUAUCCCCUUGUAUCUCAUCAGGUAGAACGAGAAGUCAAUAUAAGAAAUUAUAUGCUCGUACCACUAAGUACAAAAAUUCUACAAUACCGUACUUAGCCCGUAUUUUAUGUGAUGAAGACACUGUUAGACGUGAAACAUAUAAGUUACUAUGUAAUUAGCAUAGUGAAUCGACCCUUUCAUUGUUCAUCUUUCUGUAAUUCUAUGGUGUCACCCUUUCUAUCGUUUAAUUAUAACUUUGCUAUUUUUAUUUUAGUUGUUAUUACUAUUAUUACUAUAAUUUUAUAUUUUUCUCCUUAUCCUAUACUGUAAUUGCUACAUAGCU